AAUGUAAACAAAUGUGUUCUGCUGUUAUUUUACAAAAUUUAUUAAUUUUUUGUUCACUUUGAUUUGGAUAAUAAUAAUAAUUGUUAACAAUGGAAGAUGAGAAUCAAGAUGGUCCUUUUACUGUUUGGCAAAUGUUUAAUGCGCCUACAAUGGUUCUUUUCAACAAUCUGGAUCAUGCUGCUGAUGGGCUUGAAAGAUUACUUACUUCAAUUUUAAAGUUAUCUGGUGAUUUUUCAGAAGUUCUGGUUCCUCGGGUAGGGUCUUCUAAAUAUCCCGACUCAUAUUAUAGUGCCUUUAAUACAUGGCUUCUAGGAAGAUUAUUUUAUGUGUGGUCAGUCAAGGAGUUACAUAGGAUACAUUUGCCUAGUAAAGAUGCACAGUUAAAAAUAUUGAACAUAUUAUGUGUUAAUGGUGCAUCAUUUUAUGAGAACUUGCAUUCAGAAUAUGCUGAUAUACUGAAGAAACUAGUUGGUUUUUAUAAGAACUAUCCACAGAAGGGCUUAGAUGAGAGACCACCAGUGCUUAUACUUGAAAAUUUUAAACCUCCAGUUGUUGACAUUCCCAAUACAGAGCUGAAUUUGCAACCAAUAUUUGUUUCUAUUUUGAACAUAGAAACAUGUGAGGCAAUGAUCAAAUUGACUUUGAAUCUACUUUCUGAAAGCAUCCCUACUGAUUCAUUAAAAAUAGAAAAGAAUAAAGAGAAGUAUGAUGUACUAUUCAAUGAGGUUAUAUACAUAAUUGAAUAUUGUAAUAUUGAUUUAAAGUUAGCUUCACUUAAAUUUUACUCAGAUUUAAUAAAGAAUCAUGAUGAAGUGUCAAUAAACAGAUUCUCUGAAAUAUUUCCAAAUAUAUUCCAAGAAUUGCUUGUAUGCACUGAAGCUUUGAUGAAAUCUUGUGAGGUAUUAUAUGAUAAUGGUACUAUAAAAGUAACAGAUUUGAAGAAUUUGAUUGAAAUUACAGAAUGUUUGCUGAGGAUUGGUGACCGUAAUCUCAGAAACGAAUAUAAAGAGUCUAUAUUUAAUAUAUGUGCUUUAAUUGUCACACCCAAUAAUAUAUUCACAAAAAUUAAAGAUUUUGAUAAAUUGUCAUUAAGAAAUUUCUGUCUCUUGCUUAUAAAAAAAUUGGAUCUACCACAAGAAUAUUUAAAUUUGAAUGAACUGUCCGGAGAUGAUAUAUAUGCAUUGUCAGAGUAUUACAUAACAAACAUAGUUAAUUAUAUUAAAAAUUGGGAAAAUGCUGGAGAAGCAAUAUGUUUUCCAGGGAGUAAUAUGUUAAGUAACAAUGGGUAUUUCACUCUAGUUUUGCAAGUAUACAGAAAUGAAUUGAAGUAUACAGAAAAUCGUAGGAGUUUAUACAAUAGUGGAUCGGAUGUAUCUAAUUUACUACAUAAGUGUUCAGCUUCUCUACAUAUCUUGUUCAAUGUAUUUGUGAGAAGUAAAGAUAUAAAAUCUAAUAAAAACAACUUUGAGCUCACUUAUAUCCUUGAUUCGAAUUUGAUUAAAGAGUCUUGGAAUAAUUUAUUUCAAAUAAUAGGAAUAGCAAGACAUAAAUUGGUUGGUGAUGUACAACUCUUGCAUCCAUUGCAAGUAAUAUUUGAUUUUGUUAUAACACUUAUUGUUAUGAGCGAUAGAGCAUGUGAAGGUGUCAUGGACAACAUUUUACAAAUUCUAUGCUUGCAAACUCCACCACAACAUAUGGAAAGAUUUCUUUCAACUACAGAGUAUAAUAUGACAGUAAUGCUGAAAUAUUUGAUGAUCUCAAAAAUUAUUAUAAGAAAUAAAUUUAAUGAAGAUUGGAAUCAAACCACAGCAGUAUUGUUAAACUACUUUACAAGAAAUAAAACAAUUUAUAACUACAAACAGAUUAUACCUUUAUGCCCCAUACUUUUAAUUGCUAAAACUUUCUCAGCAAGUAAACUGAUAAGUGAAAUUCUCAUGCCAGCCUUUUUGACAAAGGAUGAAGAAGUGCAGAAAGAAAUCGUCAAGAUCCUGCCAGCACUUGCUUGUAUGACACUAGGCUCAUAUGAAGUUGUAAUAAACCCUAAAGAUAAUACUAAUGGCCAUGUCAUAUAUAAGAAUAAUGUCUUAUGUAUAAGUGUUGUAUGCUCUAAUUGUCAUGAGCUAGUAAAGCAUUUAGAAAUUGCCAUGAAAAUCGUUUCGGCAAGCAAUAAAAAUUCUGCCACCAAUAUUUCAACCAUAACAGGCAUGAAGAAUUUAUUUGCGAAAUUUCUUAAUCCGAAACAAUACAAUCAUAUAGACAAUAGUGAAUAUUGGAAUCUUAUUGAAAGAUUUUGUUAUCAUUUUUAUGUUUUCAACUAUGGAGUGCCAUCUAGCCUUAUAACCAUUGAAAAUAGCUCAAAAAUUUUAAAGGCAUUUAAACCUUUUAUAAACGGGAACUUGGAUAAUGUUGAUGAAGACUGGAAACUACAGAGAGAUACGGCUUUAAACACAUGCAUCAAUUUGCUAGUAAAAGCCACAAGGACAUGUUUGGAAAGCAUAGACUACAAUCAACAGACUGAAACAUUGAACCUAAUACAAGAACUCGGAUUGUGUAGCAACGAAAAAGUUAUACUUCCUGUCACCAAGUUGUUAGUGUACUUUAUUAUGCACCCACAAUGCGGUCUAGCACCAAAAGCUGUGAUUUUUUUAAGGGAGAUAUCAGAGUUUCAUAAUUACACUCCCAAUCAGAUAUACCACAGAUAUAAGAAGGAUUAUUGCAAGUUAUUUGUGGAAUGUAGUCUUUAUAACGGAAAAGAUUUUGCCAUAUAUCUUCUAAAAGUCGUCAGAGCAUUUGGUUUUGUUGGUUAUAGAGAUUUCAUUUCGAAAGACGUCCACCAUUUUUUGCCCUAUCUCAUACCAUAUGCGGUGACCGUAAAAGAAGUGCCCUCAAUGGUUGAGGAAAUAGCAUCAUUGGUACAAUGUUCCGUAUCAGACUUUCUGUCGGAAAGAUUUCCGCACAUUUACGUCUAUGUUUACUUGAACGAUUCCAAAGAUGUGCUCAAGAAAUGUAAUGAAAUAAUAGAAAGACUAACAAAAAUGUCGGUUCUAAAUUUAAUAAAAAGACAUUUUAGGGUGAUUCUAACAGAGUUUCUAUUACAAUACUGUUGUAAUCCUGAAAAAGUUUUGAAUGCAUGUAGAUACUUAGCAUGUCAUGAUCCUGACGUGUCUACGCCUACUGGAAGCAUGGGUAUGAGUACCACUCAGAUAGCUGAUUUCUUGAAUCCUAAAUUCUUAGGAGUAUUGGCAUAUUUUGAUCAUAAACUGGUUAAUGUUAAAGUAGCUUUAUCUGUGAAACGAAAAGCCUUAACGAGUUUCCCUGAUAUAAUGCAAUUGAUGGGAGUAAAGUACAUCACACCUUUGAGGUUUAAAGUAUUAGCGACACUAAGAUCAGCCCUUCCAUUGGUCAAAGAAUUUCCGAAGGUUUUAGCUGAAGCGUGGGCAGCGUUCAUUCAUAACAUCGACAGCAUAUCUUUGGGUCCUCUUCUAUCUAAUUUAGCAGUGUCCUUACUGCAGCAAUUCGAGUAUGCGCCGCACGAAAUAAACAAAAUAUUUCAGUAUUUAAUACUGAGUAAUGAAAACUUGUUAAGUUCACAUAUUUCAGACUUAUUCUUUUUGGAAGAUACAAACAUUACCGAGAAAGUUAAAAUGGUAAUAAAGAAGCACGUACGAAGAACACAACCUGAAGGUUUUUUGGAUAAGAUAAAGUGGUACUUGCAACAUCUGAAUCAAGAUAUACCAGCAAUUAAGGCAAACGCAUUUUCUCAUUUGGACAAAUUACUGAAGAGCAACAGAACAGAGAUUCAUAAAGCUAUAUUUGGUGGUAAAAACAUUGAUCCCAUUGUUGUAGAGCUCAUAGACUCUUUGUUACUCGGUUGCAAAGAUUCUGACAUGAAAGUGAGUAGUACCAGUGGGGCCUGCCUAGGCCAGUUGGGCGCCAUAGAGGCAGGUCACUUGCCAAGGCAGUACGUGAACACAGCGCGCUCACCCUUCGCCUUCUCUAUAGCCGACAACUGUUUCGCCGCCACAGCACUCGUGGAGCUUACUAGAGCGUUCCAGUAUGAGAAAGAUACUAUGAAUAUGGACUGUUACGCACUUACAAUUCAAGAAAUAUUAAAGAUUUAUGAUAUAUCUCCCAGUGGUAGUAAAAAAGAAGUGUGGGACAGUUUUCCGGAGCAUAUGCAUCAGAUUAUGUUUCCGUUGCUUAGCUCAAGAUAUACCUUGGCAUACCCAUCACAACCUAAGAAGGCCCAUCCUCUUUUUGGCUCUGCAUAUGCUACUACUUUUCUGGAAUGGGCUCACAACUGGGCUGGCCAAUUAAUUCCUCUGAUAGAAUCGGAGAAUAUUCGAGAACUCCUGCGCACUGUUCACCCGAGCAUGAGGCGUGACGUCAGAACAUUAUUCCUUUUUCUGCCCUACGCUUUGUUGCAUGCUGUGAUGUCGAAAACCAAUAACCAAUAUAUACAAGAAGAGAUGUUAGCCGUUAUAGGUCUGGAGAACUUUGAGAAUAUCCACGUAGCUACAGAAAGAUCUAGAUACAAAAUGUUGCGACAUAUCAGAAUGACUCCUAGCGUUAUAUCUGUUCAAACCGAGGAAGGAAACCAGAGCAAGUGUAGCAAAACCGUAUACACUUUAUUGGACUUCCUAAAUAGAUGGCUCCUUGAAUGGUGUCAUUCAAAACAGCGGCCGCUGGAGAACGACAAUUACAAGGCUAUAUCAUCUUUUUUGGAGAAAUUCGACAAGUUAACCAUAGCUCGCGGGAAUUUCCUUUGCGGCGAACUGGAGCGGGCGUUGCAAUAUCUCGAGCUGUAUAUGGACGAAAAUCCGAGUCAGAUGCAGGAACAGUUGUCUUUGUUGGCGGAGAUAUAUGCUUUGCUGGAUGAGCCAGAUAGCGUUGCGGGUAUACUAUCAAUAAAACGGGAGGAGCCAUCUUUGAAGGAGUUGAUAUUGGCCCAGGUGGUGACCGGUCGUUUGCAAGACGCCGCCCUCUGCUAUGAGAGGUUGGCACAAGAAGGUCAGCUGGAUAGGAAUAGUCUGCAGGGUAUGAUAGACUGCUACUUAGGAUUAGACCAGCCGUUCACAGCGUAUCGCUUGCUCAGUGAACAUGAAUCUGAAGAUAGUAUGAUGGAACUGGCUGCGGAACCACUAUGGCGGCUUGGUCGCUUUGAACAACUAGAAGACCUUGCGAGCAAACCAGUGCCGGCCUGUCGCGAAAACUGGGGUUUACUAAUGGGUCGUAUCCUCCUAGCAUAUCGUUCUCAAGAUCAGAUAGUUUUUCAAACGUCAUGUAAAGACGCCACGAAUAGAUUGCUGGCUCAGAUGGACGGAGAAAGUAAAGGCGAAAACGCACUGCGCAGUGGAUACCAAAGUGUGCUUGGACUUCACAUUGUGAGUGAGGCCGGACAUGCCGAGGAAGUUUUAAGGAGGCUCAAAGUAUUGAACGACGGCGAUUCCCAAGCCUCUGACAUUAUAAAUCAAUUGCUAGACGAAUGGCGGCGGCGUCUGUCCGUUGUGCAAUCAGAUGUGAGGACCAUUGAACCGUUACUCAGACUGCGCAGAAUAUUGUUGCAACAAACUCAGACCUUACUGGAACCAACACAUCCGACAACUUCAAGUAAUCUGAAAGCAUGUAUUGGGGAUCUAUGGUUGCAAAGCGCUAAGCACGCGAGAAAAGCGGGGAUUUUUCAACAGUCAUACAUGUAUAUACUUAACGCCGAAGAAUACCAGCCGGAACAGCUGUUCAUAGAGAAAGCUAAAAUGUACUGGGCGCGAGGUCAACACGAACACGCCUUCACUACUCUUCGACGCCGACUCGACGAAUCCUAUCCCGACAUUAGGAAUCUCAACAAUGAACAGAGGAAAAUAUGCGCAAAAGCCAAGCUGUUGAUAGCAAAGUACAACGAUGAAACAACCAAUGUAGACGUGGACGUCAACAUAGGAUACUAUAAAGACUCCGUUGACGUCUUCAAGCAAUGGGAAAAAAGUUUGGUGUGUCUCGGAACUUACUACGAGAAAGUGAGCGGUACUGAUAAUGUGUCAAACAUGAACCUAGUGUGGACCCGGCGUUUGUACGCACUAAAUAGCUACGGCAAAGCGUUGCAGUACGGACACAAAUAUCUAUAUCAAAGUAUGCCCAGGAUGCUGUCCAUUUGGUUAGACAUGGAGGUAACAUCAUCCGACACAAGCGCUCACUCGGUACUGGCGCAAAUGACAGAAAUCAUAAAAACCUACUCUGAAAGGCUACCCGUAUAUCUUUAUUUGACAGCUUUCUCUCAAAUAGUGUCGAGGAUCUGCCAUCCAGUCAAAGAGGUAUACCUCCAACUCAAAGCGAUAAUUGUCAAGCUGAUUAUUGCGUACCCACAACAUACAUUAUGGAUGAUGAUGUGCGUCAUAAAAUCCAGUUACCCUCAGCGCAUGAAGCGGUGCGCCGACGUUUUCUCAGACCCACGACUGAAAGAACCGCACAUGUUGAAACUUGUCGGCGAUUUCACGCAACUAGCUGAGAAAUUAAUUGAGUUGUGUAAUAAACCAAUCGCUGGGAGUGCUUCGACAACAACUGUAUCAACUCUUGUCCGCACAUUGCCGCGUCUGCUAGCGAGCGAUAAUUUCAGCCACAUAAUGAUGCCUUUCCAAGAGUUCUGUAAAAUCGUCCUUCCGUCUAAAGCAGCGAGACAGGAACGCAUAGACUUCAAUAUACCGACUGAACCUCUUGUUUAUAUAGCGGGUAUUGAAGAGCAUAUCAGCAUAUUGCCGUCUUUGCAGAAACCUAGGAAGGUUACGUUGAAAGGUUCGGACGGAAAGUCCUACAUAAUAAUGCUUAAACCUCGUGAUGACCUCCGCAAAGACUUUCGCCUGAUGGAGUUCAACGGGGUUGUAAACCGGUUCCUUCAAGAUGCACCUGAAACCAGACGUCGAAGACUGUACAUCAGGACUUACAGUGUAUUGCCUCUGAAUGAGGAAUGCGGCCUCAUCGAGUGGGUUCCCAAUCUGGUGGGCCUCCGACCGAUACUGAUGCAUAUUUAUAAGCAGAAAGGAAUACACACAAGUAAUCGAGAGCUGAAAGAGUUGAUGUGUUCUACCAAAGAUCCGGUAGAGAAAAAGAGACGGAUAUACGAAGAGCAGCUCCUACGCCGACAUCCACCGGUCUUCCAGGAGUGGUUCAGGCGUGUGUUUUCGGAUCCUUAUGGCUGGUAUCAAGCAAGGUCGGCUUAUAUUAGGACAACGGCGGUUAUGUCCAUGGUGGGAUACAUUUUAGGUCUCGGCGACAGACACGGUGAGAACAUAUCGUUCGACUCCACAAACGGCGAUACAGUGCACGUAGACUUCAACUGUUUGUUCAACAAGGGUGAAGCGUUCGAGUGGCCUGAAAGGGUGCCGUUCCGUUUGACCCACAACAUGGAGGCCGCUAUGGGGCCUUUGAAACAUGAGGGCAUGUACAGGAAGAGUUGCGAAGCCGUAAUGCGGGCAUUACGCGCCCAAACCGCCGCCCUGAUGUCCGUCAUCGGUCCGUUCGUGUACGACCCGCUAGUGUCAUGGGGCCGAGCUCGCCCUAUAGACGCGGCCGAGCGAACCAACGAGCAGGCGUUACAACAUCUACAGCAUAUCAGACAACGGUUGAACGGGAUGGUGCGGACGAAGAACAAACAAUUAUCUCUUUCCCUCUCUCCAGAAGGCCAAGUGGAGCAUCUGAUAGUGGAAGCUACGAGUGUCCAUAACCUAUGUCAAAUGUAUAUCGGUUGGGGACCGUUCUUGUAACUGACGAGAGCUUGAAAUUAGUUUAAAAAGUCCUUACAAGUAAAGUGCAAAAUAUAAAUAAAGAAGAGAAAACAAAAAAGAGUGAAUUCCACUCAUUGUGAGCUUAAAGUGCCUUAAGAAUAGUUUUGUUAAGUUUGUACCGCAAAGGCUGUGUUUAGUUUGUAAGAGAAUUUGUUAAUAAACAUGUUCAU